AUGAGCUGCGUUAGAUUGGUAUCACCAGUAUCACCUGCAUCAUCUGUGGUCCCGUUGGCUACAGCUGAAAAGAUCUAUUUAGCGCAAAUUCAUCUUAUGAGCGCCAAAUGUCAUCCAGAAGGCUUCCGAUUUUUCACACAUGCCAGAUCAACUCGUGGAGCAUCGAAACAACGACGUGAUCAGAUCAAUGUGGAGAUUCAACGACUUCGUGACCUUCUGCCGUUGUCAGACUCGAUCAAGGAUCGGCUGUUUCAGUUGCAAGUUAUGUCUCUGGGAUGCAUCUAUAUUCGUAAACAUCGAUAUGAGAAGCAUAUCCUCAGACCGACCUCAAAAGACAGCAUUCCAUUACCGAAAGACCUGGACACAUGUAAGGCUCUUCGCGGUUUCCUAAUUAUGCUAACGAGAAGUGGAAAACUAUUACAUGUCUCCGACAAUGCCAGCGAAUACCUGGGACAUUCGAUUGAAGAGAUCAUGUGCCAAGGUGAUUCGAUUUUCGACCUCUUUGAUCAGCGAGAUCACGCGACCAUUCAGUCGGAGUUGAACAGCGGUCCUCAGCCGAGCACUUCUUUCCCCGAAGAGCGCAUUUUUCUCUGCCGGUUGAACCUUGCAAGAACCGCCAAGAGACAGUUGCAGUACCACAAGGUGACUAUUUUUCUGGCAUCCCUAAUCUCAGAUUCGUGGGAAGAUAAUUUUAAAUCUCUGGUAGACCUUAGGAAAGGUAACAACUGUAAGAAACUGGUAAGCAGGGAGACCAGUGCAAUAUUUCGAAAGAAGGAAUUUAGUAGAGGUAGAGAAUUUGUGGAUAUUACUAAGUUAUCGAACGGAGAUUCAGAUGAUCUAUUCUCUACCCUUUGGUCUUCUUGUCCGAAGCCUUAA